GCGAUUGGAUUGAGGAGUAUAGAUUUACCCCAACCAGCACCCGCACCGAGGACAUCACCAUAUGAGAAACCACCACAGGCAGCCAAACCUCUAAACUCCUUGAGGGUAGUAGCACCAGUGAGGAUAUCUGACAUAUGAACAUCGACGGCUUGGAAACCGGCCAUAUCGAAUGCCCAAGCCAUUUCCAUAUGACCGUUUACACCUUGCUCACGCAAGAUAGCAACUUUUGGACGCUCAGUCAAAGAUGCUGGUAAUCUCGACAAUGCAGGGUCGAAACUAAGGUUGUAGCGAAGACCCGGGUUUUCAGUUGCAGAUGCCUCAAUAGCGUUGAAUUCCUCUUGAGCGCAUGUUGGAUCAUCACGAAGACUUUGCAUUUUGAAUGAUGUUUCUGCCCAUUUCUUUUGUAAUUCUGCACGAGUAGUCUCGUAAAUUGCUCUGCUAUGUUGAACAACGGUGACGUUUUCGUUUUCUGGCGUUACGCGACCAAUAGUAUGGAUCGCACUUGGUGGGAAUCCUGCCUUGUGGAAUACUUGAGCGAGUAGAGCGAGCUUGUUUGAUUCGACCUGCAAUACGACACCAAGUUCCUCAUUGAAGAGCGCUUGAAUAGGAUCAGCGCCGAGUGAGUCAGCCAUAAUCUCAACACCUGGAUCUACCAGCGAAAGCCAUCUCUGCAAUAGUUGUAAAGAGACCACCGUCACUUCUAUCGUGGUAGGCUAAUACUAACUCUGGAUCAACCUCACGGGCAUAUUGGCAAGCGCCAAAGAAGGACUUGAGAACCUUGGCGUCAACAACAUCAGGACAUUCUUUACCAAUUUGCUUAUAGACUUGGGCAAUUGCUGAACCACCCAUACGUUGAUGUUUGGCAGUGACGAUCAAUGAGAGUGGAGCAGUAACUUGCUUUUGCUUUUCUUCUUCACUCCACUUCAUUGACAUCGACAUUGAGUCCUUUCCUACAGGAAUACCGAUCUCGAGCUUAGGACAGAGGUCCAUACCGACAGCUUGAACAGCCUCGUAGAGACGUGCACCUUCACCUUCGUAUCCAGCUGCUGACAUCCAGUUAGCUGAGAGUUUGACGCUUGACAAAUCUGCGAUGUUGGCUGCUGCCGCAUUUGUGAGCGAUUCAGCGACUGCCAUUCUACCACUAGCUGCAGCACUCAACAAUGCGAGUGGUGUUCUCUCACCGCAUGCCAUAGCUUCACCAUAGAGAUUGUCAAAGCCGUAUGAUGUGCGUGUUACAGCGACAUCGGCAACUGGUACUUGCCAUGGACCGACCAUCUGUUCACGUGAAACCAAACCAGUAAUGGAUCUAUCACCAAUAGUGAUCAAGAAGGAUUUUGAGGCAACUGUAGGCAAUCUCAUAACACGGUCGACAGAUUCAGUCAUGAUUUGCUUAACAUCCAAACCAGAACCUAAGUAUUUACCAAGUGAUGUGUCGAAUUCAUCUCUGUAUGGAGUGGCAGUCUCGACUUCGCGUGACAUUCUUGGUGUUUUACCGAACAAGAUUGACAUUGGUAAAUCGAUUGGUGUGCUCUUGAGUAAUCUAUCAGUCAAAAGCAAUCUUUCUUCUUCGGUAGCACGACCGACUAUAGCGUAUGGACAACGUUCACGCUUAGCGAUCUGCUCAAAGAGAGCGAGGUUAGAUGGAGCGACUGCCAUAACGUAACGUUCCUGUGAUUCGUUACACCAGAUCUCCAUUGGAGACAUGCUCUCAUCAGCCAAGAGAACAUCACGAAUCUCAAAGUGUGCACCGAGGCCAGCAUCGUGAACGAGCUCAGGGAGAGCGUUUGAGAGACCACCAGCACCAACAUCAUGAAUGGAUUGAAUUGGAUUGCCAUUAUCGAGUGAAACACAGCUAUCAAUAACUUGUUGGCAUCUGCGUUGCAUUUCUGGAUUCUCUCUUUGGACACUUGCGAAAUCAAGCUCUGCGGAGCUGGCACCUGAAGCCAUUGAUGAUGCGGCACCACCACCAAGACCGAUGAGCAUUCCAGGACCACCGAGGACGAUAAUGUGAGCGCCAACGCUGAUCUGUCCUUUGUGUGUGAACUGUGGACGAACGUUACCGAGACCACCUGCUAACAUAAUUGGCUUGUGGUAACCUCUAAUUUCAGUUUUAUUUUCAUCAACAGGGACUUCCUCGCAGAAUGUUCUAAAGUAACCUGAGAUUGCUGGACGACCAAACUCGUUGUUGAAACUAGAUGCACCGAGUGGACCAUCAAUCAUGAUGUCCAAACUGGAGGCAAUGUGAGAAGGCUUUCCGAAGUCUGUCUCCCAUGGUUGGAUAUUGUCAGGGAUGAGAAGGUUGGAGGUUGUGAAACCGCUCAUGCCCGCUUUAGGUUUAGAACCUCUUCCAACAGCACCCUCGUCACGGAUUUCACCACCUGAUCCUGUGGCUGCACCAGGAUAUGGAGAUACAGCAGUAGGGUAUAUCCUCUGGACGAGCGCUGUAGACAGGCAAACCAGUGUCACCUUGUACGGCAGCGAAACGAGCAGCUUUUGAUCCUUGAAGAAUAGCUGCAUUGUCGGAGUAUGCACUAACUGUGUUUAAACCAUUAAUAACUUUCUCCGUGUUUCUGAUCAUUUGGAAUAAACUCAAAUCGCGAACUUUGCCGUCAAUUGUCCAUUGUGCGUUGAAGAUCUUGUGACGACAAUGCUCUGAGUUGACUUGAGCAAACAUGAACAAUUCAACAUCUGUAGGAUCCCUCAUGAGUGCAUUGGAUGGGUGACUAACGAAUGCGCCGACGAGGUAUUCGAUCUCAUCAGGUGAGAGCGCCAAACCGAGACUUGAGUUAGCAGUGAUGAGUGUCAUUCUAGCUUCACUCUCAUCCUUUGGUAAUUGAACAGUCUUGAGUGGUGCAGGAGACAACUUUUCAAACAUAUCCUUGUCCAUUGGUGGAGAAUCGAUAAGCAAUUGGGUCAUUCUAUCGAACAACAAAUGAGAAAAUGGAGCCAAUUCAUUCAAUUUGACAGCUGAGUUGUCUGUAGUUUCUAUAACAUAUGCAAUACCUCUCUCUAUACGAUCAACUACACCAUCCAAUCUACACAUUUUGGCGAUAUCUGAAGCUUUUGUAGACCAAGGAGUAAUAGAACCUGGACGUGGAAUAACGUAAAACGCUCUACCUAAAUCCAAAUCACUCUUUUCACCGUAGACGAGCAAAUCGCUGAGAAUGGACUGUUGAGUAUCAUCGAGAGGCUUCUUAACAUCUACGAAGUGCACAAAACGUGCGUCAACUCUCUUCACUUUGCUAAGCACUUUUGAAGCUGCUUCAGUGAGUGACUGCUGCUUUGCUACCGGCAGAGCUGCAGGACCAGGGAGAAUAAUCAUUUAUAUUCUUUAUUAAAAAGGUGAUAGUAGCUGAAGAAGCCGCUGCAAUCUCCUCGUCCUACGAUAUGUCCAAGUCAUCUCUAAAUUUGAGUAGAAACAGUGCAAGCAAUGCGAGAUCAUCAACGAGCGUGGACAACAACGUAGCUGUUGAUAGCGUACUUAAUGAUCUUCUCACUAUUGAACUCAUCCCCACUUUGAGAACCUCAACAGAAGAGGAGAUGAAGAGGGAUGAUCGUGAUAUCACAGAGGAGAGUGUCGAUGAGGAGCUCACUAAGAAAUUGAAGCAUGUUGGCACUUCUAUAGGCCAUACCGUUGCUGAGAGAAUAAAACAGACGCGUGAACCUUUAAAUGAUAACCUAGAAGUGAUAAAACUCCUCUGCAAGGAAAUUUGGACGUUCAUUUACGGUAAACAGCUCGACAAUCUACGAACGAACCAUAAGGGUACAUUCGUACUACACGACAAUAGCUAUAGACCGCUAGUAAAUCUCAGCAGCUCGGAUGAGAGUGCGUCUAAGAGGAUGUCGAUUUUCUUGUCUAUCCAGCUUGGUAUUAUACAGGGUUGUCUAAGUGCAUUCAACCUCUCCUCGCAAGUCAGCUGCGAUGUGAGCGCUCUGCCAGGCUGUACAUUCCAAGUUAAGCUCGUAGAUUAGUGUAUAUUGUAUACCCAAAUAAUUUUAUUCUCGAUAAUAGAAACUUUUACAUUCUUCCUCCUUUCUACCAAA